AUGUCCGACAUCAAGUUCGAUAAGUCGACGAUCCCGGACCGGCCUGGCCGGGUGCUGCUGGUGACUGGCGGCACUGGCGGCAUCGGCGCAGAGAUUGCGGUCGAGCUAGCCAAACACAACCCGGGCCGCAUCCUGCUCACCGGCCGCAACGCCAAGUCCGCGGCCACAACCACGCAGCGCAUCAAAACCGCUGCGCCCAGUGUCGCCGUCACCUUUGUACCGUGCGACCUGGCCGAUCUCGCGUCCGUCAAGGACGCCGCAAACCAGAUCCUUGCCGGAUGCGAUCGUCUCGACUUGUUCCUUGCCAAUGCCAGCAUCAUGGCCAAGCCAGCGGGUCUGUCGGCCGACGGCUACGAGGUGCACUUCGCGACGAACCACCUGGGCCACGCGCUCCUGACCAAGAAGCUGCUGCCCCUGCUCUCGCACACCGCCGACCUGCCCGGCUCGGACGUGCGCGUCAUCUACACCACGAGCCUCGGCUGGCGCGGUGGAAACCUUGACGAUUUCGGCCGGCUCAGGACCACCAUGAAAUCCGCCGUGCUGGGCCGCUGGAUCCGCUACGGGAACAGCAAACUGGCCAACAUGCUGUACGCGCGAGCUGGCGCGCCGCUACCACCCGGGCGCCGCGCCAACUGCGCUUUCCUAGUAAGCAAGGCCUUUCUCGAAGAUGUCCAUGCAGUUUCCUUCAGCAAAAACCACUUCGAGAUAGGUAUGUUCUACCUGAUCGAUUCGAUGGGGAAGCCAUUCCAGCCGACGUGCAGCCGCUUUUGCGAGUGGCAUGUGCCGGACUGCAGUCACGUCCAUACCUGUACUCCCGCUCCGAUUUAUCACGGCAACACGUACUCGGAUCUGGAAUUCACCGGGGACCAUCCUCUUACCAACGAAGUCAACGGCGACACCAACUCCGGUCUGGAACUCACCGCGGACCAUUCUCUUACCGACGAAGUCAACGGCGACACCUACCCCGAUCUGGAGUAUACCGCAUAUCCCUGUUCUACCGACGAAGUCAGCGACGAUGAGGACAGUCCGUUCGUCCGCCCCUACAGUGAUACAGCAACGGUAUUCUUGACCGAAAUCGUCCCAAAGACCUCACUGCACCAUCUCUGCUCCAUAGCGAUCGAGCUCCCGUAG